AAAUCCAAAGCUAUGAAGCCUCAAGGAGACAAUAAACAAAUGAAGUUUAGAGGUACUAUUUACACAGAUGGUGUUGCCGUAUCCAUCUUGAAGCAGACCUAUGACAGCAAGAAGAAAGAUUCUGGAGGCGGCAUGCGAAAUGAUAAGAAGACAGAAGAAGACAUUGCUUACAUAGAAAGUCUGUCAACUUGCAAAAAUAAUUAUGUUUUGAUUGACCCCGGACGGCGUGAUAUGUUGUUCUGUAUGCACGAAAGCAGUACCGUUGAAAAGAAAAGAACUUAUCACUAUACGAGAAAUCAAAGGAACAUUGAAACAAAAACAAGAAAGUUCAUGAAACUUUGUGAAAGACUGAAACCAGAGGACGUAAGCAAUGUAGAAGCAAUUCUUUCACGUUUAAAGUCAUCCACAGUCAUAAAAGAUCAAUACGUAGAAUAUAUAAGACAAAAAUCUACCGUGAUUCAAGUUCUUCAGGAAUACUACUCGAAUGAAGACUUGGCUUUAGAAGAACGUAAUACUAAUAUGCUACCAUUUCGAAAGCUAAAACUAUCAAGCUACAUUAAUCGACAGCAAUCUGACAAACGUCUUUGUAAGGAUAUCAGAAAACAUUUUGGCAAUAAUGCUGUUAUUGUUAUUGGUAACUGGUCUGCAGGGAAUGUCAAGUUCCAUGAACCGAUUAGAGAAGUUGGCAUGAGAAGAAUGCUUCAAAAAGAAGGUUUUCUGGUACACCUUAUUGAUGAAUUCAAAACAUCCAGUAUAUGCCCGGUAUGUAAAGGUGAUGUAGACACUUUCAAAGAAGUUGUGAAUCCAAGGCCCUUUAGAAGGGAAAAAUAUCCAACCGUAAAACGUCAUGGUCUUAUAAGUUUAUUGAUAACAUUUGUGUGUCAUCUAGGUCGUCGUCUUUGGAACAGGGACUUACUCGCCACCCUCAACUUUUGUGAGAUUCUCUUUAGUUUACGUGACCACGGUGCAAGACCGAUAUAUUUUCAAAGAUCAGCCAAGCAAACACAAAAAAAGACAACAAAAAAGACAAAGAUCUCUUUCUAUUGA